AUGAAUUGUUUAUCAAGUAUGAAAGACAAUGUUCAAUUACUUGAUUUACCUGAUGAGUUAAUUUUAAAUAUUAUGAAUAAAGUUAAACAUCAUGUGUUAUUGCUUAGUUCUAUUAUUACAAUUGGUAAUAAUCGUUUGGAACAACUUGCACUUGAUAAAUGUCAUUCAAUUGAUUUAACUUUUGAUUAUGUUCAAUCACCAUAUGAAACACUUAUUCAACAAUUUUAUUCAGAUAUUAUGCCUCAUAUUGUUAAUAAUAUUCAAUCAUUAACACUCACCAUUCGACAUAUUCCUCAUAUAAUAACUUUUGCUGAAAAAAACUCUAAUGGAACUCUUCCAAAUUUGACACAUUUGAAAAUAAUGAUUGGUAAACAACAUGAUCAAACAGGCACUCCUUAUACAGUACAUAGAUCAAGUAAAUUAUUAAGUAUAUUUUUUCAAGCUGUACUUAAGUAUUAG